AUGGAGCCAACCGUAGAAGACCAUACCGGUCUUCCGGACAGGCCAUUCAAGAAGUCGGACUUGUUGAAGGCGCUUGAAUCAAUUCAUAAAAAGGCCAGUUUCGCAUCCAUGACUCGAAUUAAUACUUUCAAUCUGGAUAUUUUCGUGCAGGAUGUUGGCAUGAUUGAUAAUCCUCUUUCGGAGACUCAGGCGAAACAGAUUGCUGCCAAGUCGCAUCAAGCUCCUCAUGAAAAAAGUAACGAGACAAUUGUUGACACGCCGGUGCCAAACAUAUGGGAACUCAACCCGGAUCAGUUCGAGAUAAGAGCGCCGGCAUGGCAAGCCUACUUGAACAAGACUCUAGUUUACGUCGCUAGGAAGUUGGACAUUACUUCCCCUAUUUCUGCCGAGUUGCACAAAAUGCUUUUAUAUGAACAGGGUGCCAUGUCCGAGAUCCCUCCGGAUACUGAGAAGAUCCCUGGCAUGUUUGGGACGCUCGUCAUCAAUCUUCCUUCACGUCACGAAGGCGGGGACGUGGUUGUAAAGUACCGCGGCGCUUCAAAGAUAUUACCUACUUCACAGCACGACAUGGCCUGCGCUUUUUGGUUUUCCGACGCCUCGUAUGAGGUCUUACCCGUCAAGAGCGGGUACAGCUGGGUUCUGGUUUAUAAGCUUGCGAUAGAUCCAACAGCUGCAGUCCCAACAGCAGCCAGUCGUCUUGAGAACAAGGCGCUUCGUACGGCCCUCGAGUCGUGGUCACGAGAUGUCAGUAAUGGUUUGAGGAAACCCUCGCCGCUUUGCUAUGUGUUUGAUGACAAUUAUACCGACGAAGGCGGAAGAGUAUCGUACCGAGGGCUCAAAGACGCAGACCGUGAACGAGUUAGAUGUCUUCGGGCCAUGUGUACUGAUUUGGACUUCGAUGUCUUUUUGGCUACUAUAGAAAAACAAGAAACUCGUAUUAUCAAGGACAAACGUCGUCCAGAUUGGGAUAUGGGUUGUCAUUGCGACCAUGACGAUGAGGAAGAAGAGGAACAGGAGGAUGUUGAACAUGAUACAACCGAUGAGUUCUGUGGUGUGUCCUAUAAGUUGACGGAGGUAGUCGAUGUCGAAGGAACCAGGCUGGCCUCGAAUUUGCGGCUUGAUGAAGGGUACGUUCUGCAGGGGAAUUCCUUUACUGGCAUGCCUUGGGACGAAAAGUACAAAGGAUGCGUGGGUUUAACUGGACCUCAAAAAACAUCUCGAUAUCUUGCAUCAGCAUUGGUUAUUAUUCCCUGCGAAGGAACAGUGCCAUUUAUUAUUUCACAUAAGUUUAAGAUCAAUGACCUCCUAAGAAUCAUAUUUUUCCAAAACCUUUGCAGUUUUUUAAUCGACCAGUGCACAAGCUCUUCAAGAAAAGCUGCGAGAUUAAACCAGAUAUACGAGAUUUUCAAUACGAACGCCAAACCGUCCUAUUUCAAAGAGAAACUUGACCCAGAUCAUGUUUUGCAAGCCCUUCAGUUAUCUAUCCAGAACGAGAACCAUAGCUUGCUUAGAUUAAUCAUGACGGAAUACAAAGAGCCUCUCCCGGUUGAAUUCUUCGCUUGGUUAGGGCAAGAAUAUGAUAAAUCAACCAUCUCUAGCGACAGCUUUCAGAAAGCAUUUCUAUACGCCUUCAAUCUUCAACCUACAAUUCAUAGACGAUGGUCGGCUUUAUGCGAUGUUAAUGUAGAUCUAGAAGAGAUCGAGGGAUUGCGAAACCUUGCCUCUCGAACAGUUGACGAGUGCUUGGAAGCUUGCCGACGGGUACAGCUCCAAGAGGAAGAUGGCAAAGCCCUCUUUAGCCUCUCCUUUUAUUUUUUGGGAUUUGAAUACUUGAAGACGGUUGUGGUACCUGUGCUGGAAGAUUGCAGUGGUUUAACAGCCUUUAUUAUUGGCUUCCUCCAAUCGUUCGACUUGAAAUACUCUCAGGUUCCUAAGGAUGAAAUACGAGCCGUUUAUGAGCGCAUAGCACUAGCAGCAAUUAGCAAGCUAGAGUUAGAUUCCCUCACUGCCGCGGAGAUUCCCUCCGAUAUAGGAGUAAAUGGCUCCAGAAACACUUCUGGCCCUCAGUACAUAACCUACAAGUCAUUCAUAAGGUUCAUUUCUACCCUUAUCGAACUCAAGCUUCAGAACCACCUUACCUUGCUCGCCCAGAAGGUAGCCGCCCAAGCGGAUAAAGUCAAGGGGGAAGAAUUAGACACAUUUUGGAUACCACUUCUCCAUGGGCUGUUUAUAGUCCUUGAGAAGCGUAGGGUCUUUCUCUCGGUUCCAUACUGGUCGCAGAUCUACCAGAGUUUCUUCAAAGCCUACGUGGUGAACUACGUCCUGGAACAGCCGGUGCCCCCCUGCUCUUGUCAUGACUGUAAAUGGAGUUUGGGCGCGCAGUUCGAGGCAGCUAUGGAUGUCUGGUGGACACGACGGCUCCAUGCGGAAUUUCUACUCGAGACCUUUGAUCAGGAGAUGCUACGAAUCGUACUAGGAGAUCAGCACGACGACAUCAUGAGCAUGAAAAUGCUCGAACGUCAACAACCACAACCUGUCGUAUGCAGUACCAAACAAGCCCAUCUACAGCAAAUCGAAUUAAUGCUUGCCACGUCGUGUGCCCGCAGCACAAACUCGUCCUUAACAAUGUCGACCCCAUAUAAUAUGCCGCCGAGGCCGCCAGCAACAUUAUCCACCGCCGUUGCCGCAGGACCAGCCAGGCCGUUGCCGCUGCCGCGGCCGACGCCGAAACGAUCCAUGGUCGACGUCAGCCGAAGAAUCAGCGAGAGCGCACGCAAGCGAGCAGCACAGAAUAGAUCGUCACCGUCGACGCGGCGCAAUCAUGGCGCUUCGAGUCCAGUGGGUGGCGGUAGCAGUAGCAUACCGUCGAGACCUACAGAAACGAUUCCUAACCCUAUCGCUGGGGCAAAGCGCAAGUAUAUUGACGUUAUUGAUCUCACGGGCGAUGACUAAACAAGGCAUUGGGGGGAUAAGGUAUGGAUAGGAUAAUGUACAUCAGGGAGAUCCUAGGAGUUUGAUUAGAGCUGUAAUUUGGCUAGCAAUAGUGUGUGUUAUAAUUGUUGUGACAAAACGGGGAACUCUGGAGAGUGAGUCCCUUCAUAGAAUGAAUAAUGUCUACAGGACAGUUGGUUUAUUCAUUCUACGGGUUUUCUAAAGUAGAUAGCGAGCUAUCUUAUGCGU